AUGUCUUUGAUCCGUGACGACGAGCCUGAGAUGGACAACUACUCAGAUGAUGAGAUUCAGCAAGACGACAUGUUUGAUCCAAACUUUGUCGAUGACUUCAGUCUCCCGCAACGGCCGCAAGAACAAGCUGUGUGGGAAGAUGAUAGACUCAUGAACAUCGAUCCGAACCUGGACCCCCCUCCCACUGAGAGACACUUCCAAGACACAUACGAGAGUAUACUGGGAGCUCAACGGUCAGAAGAGAACGAGUACGGCAUCGAUCCUUACUUUGGCGGCUACCACGGUUACGAUGGCCACAUUGAUGGUGGUAGCGAAACUGCUGUUGAGAACAUGAACGGUUUUUCACCCGCCACUGUCAACCCUCAGGAGGUGGCGCCAACUUAUGGAUUCCCAGACGAGCUUCAACAGCUCAACGACUUUGCACAGCCACAGCAGCAUGGACUUCCCCCGGGCGCGUUUGAACUGUCAGGAGCAAACGCGGAAGAUGUGCAGUGGGCUGUCGACCAGCAAACAUCUAUGACGAAUCUGCCGCCUUCGAUCCAAAUCUAUAACCCUGAUGGUCAGCUGAUUACAAGCCCUACUUCGUUGCCUCAAGAUCAAGUCCAACUUAUGUUUGAUGAUCCAACAAUUUCACUCAGCCUUUUCCCAGAGCUGCAGGACUUUUUGUAUCUGAACGACGAAGUCGCUAGCAACAACACGACUCUUCCUGAGCUACCCGUUCAGGACCAGCAGCUUCUUCAAAUUCCUUCUUCGUCUUCUUCACAGAACGAAUCUUCUCAAAGCUGGCUCUUGCGCCAUUUUCCUCAUCUUUCAGCAGCAACGAUGGCUUCAUCUGGUAACGGUUCAUCUUCGCCUUCCUCAGUCUCAACAGAGUCCAUCACUAGUCCUAUGGCUCAAGAUUUGGACUUGCUUGUUGGUCUUUACGACGACGACCCGCCUCUGAACCCAUCUCCUGGCACUCAAGCUACCGCCGAGAACAGCACUACUCGUGGCUCUUCUGGACCCAACUCUGGACAGAACUCUACGCAGGACCAGGCAAACCCAGAGCAGCCGAUUCGACCCGUGAAUGCUGGCAACCUUCGCCCCAACUUUGUUCAGAAUCUUGCUGGCAUUGGAACCCCUCACCAGACAGAGAUCUUCAGUGUUUACAUUGUGCCUGGCCCCAACUCCCCUCCUGAAGCCAACUGCCUCGUGGAGCACCUCACUCCGGCUCGAAAGAACGAUGCCUCGAAGCCUGUGCUUUUCCUUCAUGGUGACCACCAUACUGGACAGACCUGGAAGUACCUCCCCGGCCAAACUCAGACCAACGUGUCUUGGGUCGACCACUUUCUCCAGCAGGGUUACACUUGCUAUGUCCCUGACAUGCCAAUGAGCGGCCGCUCCAUGGGAGCUUAUUUCGUCCGAGACGACUUUCGCGGCAAGGAGCAGAAAGUAAAUGCCAUCGAGGGAGAGCUCACUUCACCUCGUGACAACCUUUUCCCGCUGUACGACACAGCCAGGUACCACUGCCAGUUCCCAGGAGCUCAGCAAAACCCUUCAAUUGACCAGGAUACCGCCGGCCUGCGCUAUGACCCGUACUUCCUCAACUACAAAUCCUCCCGUGUCCCGAUCUGGAACACCUCCGAGGAGAGAGUGGCUUACGGUGCCGAAGCAGUGUCAAUGAUCCUCGACCGCAUCGGAGAGCCCACCAUCAUCAUUGCAGAAGGGUCAGGCGGCGUGUCGGGACUCAUCGCAGCCGAUCGCUUCCCCGAGAAGGUCGCCGGACUGAUCCUGAUGGGCUACCCGUACGCACCAUUCGCGAUGCCCUUCCAGCUGACCAAGUUCGACAACGGCGUCGGCAAAGUGUACCACAACGACACGAUGGAGGAGUGCACCGCCCUGACGAGCGGCCUGACCUCGACCGACCUCCACUUCGACCCGCCCUUGGCCCUGAUGCAAUGCCUGAACGUUGUCAAGACGUACUCGGACGAGGACAAGAAGGGAGCAUACUGCUUCCUGCAGGACGCCGACAAGCCGGUCCGCAAGCUCGUCAACGUCGCCAAGGUCCCCGUCCUGGUCGUCACCCCGGAGGCUGGCAAGAACUCGGCGUUCGACUGGUCCAUCGUGUCGUUCCUCCGCCAGGCGGGGGUCGAUACCGAGUGGUACAAGUUGGCGCGGUUCGGUCUGCUCGGCAACGGGCAGUUGAUGUGGAUGGAGAAGAACGGGCAAGAAGUGGCCAAGCUUCUCCAGGCCUGGAUCGUGGCCAACACCACCACCACCAACAACAACAACAACGACGUCGCCGCCGCCGCCGCAAUCCUGGCUGUCCGGCCGGACCAGGUCGCCCUGGCCGACCGGCGCGAGGAGGAGGUGCGCGGGAUCACGGCGCGCGAGGCGGCGCGGUACGAGACCGCGGUGGAGGAGAGGAGGCGGGCCUGGGCGAGGCGGGAGAUCGCGCCCCUGGUCCAGGCCAACGCCGACGCCAUGGAGUGCUUCUACUCCUGGCUGCCGGUGUUGGACCUGGCCAGGGCCGACUUCCAAGCCGCACAGGCUGCCGCCGCUGCCGCCGCCGCUGGUGCUCCUGCUGCUGGUUCUGGUGCUGGUGCCGCCGCUGCCCCGUGA